AGACAAGACAGUAAGACCUCUGGUGUCAGGGAGCAGUGUGUGUCACCCUGGCGCAGACAGGGACAGCGGCAGUGAGAGGGAUGGAGCAGGUUGCUGCCCGGUGGAGGGGCUGAGGCAGUACAACAUACUUUCUCCCUCCUUGAGCGCAUCAACGAGCUCUGAUCCAUAGGUGGGAAGCAGAGAGAUCUUCACAGACAAGAUCACAGGAAUGUAACAGUUCCGAGUGGAGAGGAGAGCUGAAAAAAGGAGGGAUUUUUAAGGAGACCGAAAGCAUCAAAGUCUUAUUAUUAAGAAGGAUUUGAGGAGUCUGCGUUUAUAAUCCGACAUCAGAGGCGGAAUGUGAAUCCAAAUAACUUAUGUUAAUUAGAGAUGUUAACGAAUAUUAUGCGAUUUGAACGGCUCUGAAGCACCGAGAGAAGAAUUUAAUUGAAAGAAGUGUUUUUUUGGAGGCUGCUGUUCAUCGUCCUCUUGCCCCCAGAACUGAUUCGCAGCCGCCUGGACGGUUAUUUGAGUCUAAAAAGGAGUUGGCUACCAGAGGUUGUAUCGGACUACUGUGCGUUUGCGCUCAUCACACACACUGGAGUUACCAUUAUUUCGGACCGAGGGGAUGAUUUCAGUGCGUCUGUUUCGCAACGAUUCUCGCCUAAUUUCCGAGGUCCGACUACGGUCAACCAGACUUUGUGGAAAAGGAGAUUAUUGUUUGUUGUCAGUGUUUAUCAAAUCCACGGCAGUCUGCAGUGCAACUCAAUACAGUGGAUCGCAAGAAAAUCCCGAGGAGUGACAACUGACAUUCACAUGACGAGCCAAGAAAGGUCCGGAUCAACUUCAAAACUAAAGCGCACAAGUUUUAAGUCUGGAAUAUAAGAAUAGAUGAUUCUCAGAGGACAGAAGACGAAAUACACCUAGGCCUACAAAAUGUUCAAAAGGGGCUGUGGGCUGGAGUUCCUGCUGGUUCUCUGUGGGCUUGAGUUUUCAUGGUCUUGCCCCCGUCACUGUAUCUGCUACACUGCACCAAGCACCGUCUCCUGCCAAGCCCAUAACUUCCUGUCGGUCCCCGAAGGCAUUCCUCCUGACAAUGAGCGCAUCUUCUUACAGAACAAUAAGAUCCAUCGCUUACUUCGGGGCCACUUCAGCGCCAAUACGGUCACUCUCUGGAUCUACUCCAACAACAUCACAUACAUUGAGCCGUCCACGUUCCACGGCUUCACACUACUCGAGGAGCUGGAUCUGGGAGACAACCGCCACCUGCGCUCCUUGGCUGAAGACACCUUUCACGGGCUGAAUCGACUCAAUGCGCUUCACCUGUACCAUUGUGGGCUCGCUUCACUUCCUAGUAACAUCUUCCAAGGCCUCAGAAACUUGCAGUAUCUCUACUUGCAGGAUAAUCAUCUGAAGUUCCUGCAGGAUGACACAUUUACGGACCUCCACAACCUGAGCCACCUGUUCCUGCAUGGAAACCGCCUGUGGAGCCUUAACCAGAACACCUUCCGAGGCCUUCGAGCCUUGGACCGACUGCUUCUGCACCAAAACCAGAUCGAGUGGGUUGACCGCCUGGCCUUCCAUGACCUAAAGGGUCUCACCACCCUCUAUCUGUUCAACAACACCCUGAUACAGCUGUCCGGGCAGUGCCUGGACACACUGCCCGCAUUGGAAUACCUGCGCCUCAAUGACAACCCCUGGUCAUGUGACUGCAAGGCUCUGUCGCUUUGGGAAUGGUUGAAGCGUUUCCGAGGUUCGACGUCUUCAGUGGGUUGCCAGGCGCCGGUUGAUAUGUUUGGGAAAGACCUCAAGGAGCUUCGCAAGGAGGACUUCCCCAACUGUUCACCAAUUGUACCUAAUUCGGAGUCCAGAGCCCAGACUAACAAUUUGUCUGGCACGGUUAAUCCCUCCAUGAAUCGCAGUGUAGUGGUGGGAUCUGGAGGGCAGACCCACAUAGUGCACCCCUCGAGGCCAGGCCGCUCUCGGAACUGCACUAAGCCUCGUAACACGAUGAGCAAGGGGAAGGAUGACAAUGAGGUUCACCACUCAAAGGAGGUCAUGGCAGACAAGGAGGAUUCCUCCCCAGAUUUCACAGAUGGGGGCAAACAUGACCACACAUCCCCAGACGGCACCGUCACACGGAGGAAGCACAAGUGCGCUCCCCGGACCACUGUACGCCCCCCUAGUGGGGUUCAGCAAGCCAACAACAGGGCAACCAUAUCCCAGUCAUUACUACAUGUCUGUGCCCUCUUUGUGGCCUUGAUAAUGACAAAUAUUGACUUUAUUUUCCGUUGACCUUCAGAGGAUAUGGCAGAUGCUAAUACAACACGCCCUUAGACCCUCUCUUGCUCCUGCACUACAAGGCCUGUGUGUCUUUUAUGUAUGUGUGUGUGAGUGUGAUUAUACGUGUAAAUGUAGUGUAGGGAGCGUUACUGUUCAGACUGAAACAGGCAUCAAAGCAUCAAACAUCUACAAUAGAAAGACUCGCAGCACAAAUAUCGAAGGGACUGAGAGACAGAGACUGAUAAAAGGUUAAUGCAGACCAAGCUUGCACUGCCACUUAUGCCAGUAUGAUUUCAUUUCAUUGUCAUAUGUCUUGGUAUCUUAUGUAUUUUUCAACGUCUGUUUCUCACUCAAAUGGAGCUCAGAUUACCAAAAGUUGGUGAAAAGAGGAAUAGAUGACAAUGAGGUAGCCUAAAACUCGAUAGCUAGUUAGCUCUGAGACAGAUAAGCUAGAUCUUCAAGUGCUCCAUCCAGCUUUAAUUUCCAGUUCACAAUUUGUUUGUUAUCAAGACGGUACAAUUGUUAAGUUGAUGACCCUGUAAAGCCUCCAGCGUCAGUCCUAUCUUGCUCUCAUCCUUUCUGCCAAAUGUAUUUUGUCCAAACAAUUGGGUCUAAGUGUUUCUCAUAAACAAAGAAGUAAAGUGUUAGUGUGGCAAUAAAUUGUCAGUCAGUAUAAGACAUAGGAAUGUGCCAUUCCAACAAAAUGGAAAUCUAUAGCCACAGAUGUUAAAGCUAUAAACACACUAGCUUGCAUUGUAUGAAGCCGGAACAAAUUGUAAUAAGUAUUCUCUACAUAAUGCUUUUUUGAGGUACUGUACCAACCUUUCUCCACAUUUAAUAGUAUUUUCUCGUUGAUAUAACAUUUCUACACACAACACUUCUCUCCUUCUGGGCAACUGAAUAUUUAGCUGCUAAUUGUUUCAAGAUGAUGAGGACUGCCAUGCGCUUUUUUCAUUUGCUUGGAAAACAAUGUGUGUCUCUGGGAGUUCAAGCUGUGAAUAUUGAAGACGUCUGUCUAUAUCUUGUGUCAGAUGUUGUUCAUUUGAUUUUUCUAAGACACAAAAUGGACCAAGAGACGGAUCCUUGUUGCAGGGCCAACAGGAGCCUUAGAGGGGGCUUUCUCAGUUUCAAGGUGAGGUUGUGCUGAUCUGAUCUUUCCUAAGUGAGGGAUUACCUCCCUCAUUGAGAAUGUGAGGAACACGUUUUUUUUCUCAAUCACCUAACUUCAAAGGAAUUCAAGAACAAGACUCGAGAAAAAAAAUGUGUGUGUACCUUCAAUGACUCGUGAUCAAUAAAAGAUUUAAAAAACAUUUUUGAAUGGAGCAUGGCAAAAAAAGGGAUCAUGCAGAGAGAAUAAUGCCUCUUAAUUAACUGUGUGUGAUGUGAUUGUUCAUGGAUGUGGAGAUCCAAGACCAAGACAAUCGCUUCGGAAGUAACAAGAGGAUGCAGUACAAUGCAGAGCGACAGAUGGACAAUUACGGGACAUCUUGCUUUACUUCUGGAGCUUUGUGCCUCCCUUAAGAUGGUGUUUGUAUCAAUGAUGUGAACUAUACUAUUAACAAUGGAGACAAGAGGACUUCUUGCAGUGCUGAUAUUAAUCAUUUACUGUAUAACUAUGAGAAAAACAAUAUCAGUGACAUCAAUGAUAACAGGGUUUUCUGCUCCUCCUGUCAGGGGGAGUCUUUCGAUUUUUAAUUUUCUGGUGAUUUGUUUAUUUACGUAUUUUUCAUGCUAUAUUUUUAGAACUGUUAUAUUUGUUAAAGCACAAUUCCUCACCUCCCUAUUUCUUGUUCUGCUGUAUGCCUAUUCAUCUUCUUUCUUUGCCAUGAUUCAAUUGUUCAGUAAGUUAUCAUCAGAAAACAGUACAAAAUGUUUAUAAAGAUAUUAAAAUCUAUAUCUUCUUA